GGCGGCGGCGGCGGCGGGUCCGGCGGCGGCGGCGGCAGGUGGCCCCGCGCGCGGCGGCCGGCCCGGCCGGGGGCGGGCGGGAAGGUGGCGCCUCGGGCGGGGGCCGGUCCCUGCACCAGGUGACCUGCUCUGGCCCGGAUCCGGGCGGCCUCGCCAUGCAGCGGCGCGGCGCGGGGCUCCGGUGGCCGCGGCAGCAGCAGCAACAACCCCCGCCGCCCGCGGUCGGUCCCCGGGCCGCAGCCAUGGCCCCCCCGAGCGGCAGCGUCCCCCCGGGCCUCGGCGGCCGCCCUGCCAGCGCGCUGCUCCUGUUCUGCUACCUGAAUGUUGUGCCGUCUUUGGGCAGGCAGACCUCCCUGACGACGUCGGUGACCCCCAAAGCCGAGCAGAGCGUGGCUUACAAAGACUUUAUUUAUUUCACUGUCUUUGAAGGCAAUGUCCGCAAUGUUUCUGAAGUCUCGGUUGAGUAUUUAUGCUCUCAGCCUUGUGUUGUCAAUCUGGAAGCGGUUGUUUCAUCUGAGUUCAGAAGUAGCAUCCCUGUGUACAAAAAGAGGUGGAAGAAUGAGAAGCAUCUUCACACCAGCAGGACACAAAUAGUACAUGUGAAAUUUCCAAGCAUCAUGGUUUAUAGAGAUGAUUAUUUCAUCAGACACUCCAUUUCGGUAUCCGCGGUGAUACUACGCGCCUGGAUUACUCACAAAUACAGUGGCAGAGACUUGAAUGUUAAAUGGGAGGAAAAUUUGCUACAUGCUGUAGCGAAGAAUUAUACUCUGCUGAAGACGGUCCCGCCUUUCGAACGCCCUUUCAAAGAUCAUCAAGUGUGCCUUGAGUGGAACAUGGAUUAUAUUUGGAACCUUUGGGCAAACAAGAUUCCCCAGUGUCCUCUUGAAAAUGAUGUGGUCACCCUCCUGGGCUUUCUCUAUGCCUCCAGUGGAGAAAACACAGGCAUUGUGAAGAAGUUCCUGAGGUUUCACAACCGAGAGCUGGAGGCCACCCGACGUCAGCGGAUAGAUUACCCCGUGUUUACUGUUUCAUUGUGGCUUUAUUUACUCCAUUAUUGCAAGGCCAAUCUCUGUGGGAUUCUGUACUUUGUUGAUUCUAAUGAGAUGUAUGGCACACCGUCUGUAUUUCUUACUGAAGAGGGCCACUUGCAUAUUCAGAUGCAUCUUGUCAAAGGAGAAGAUCUUGCCGUGAAAACGAAAUUCACCAUGCCUCUGAAGGAGUGGUUUCGACUGGAUAUCUCUUUUAAUGGAGGCCAGAUUGUAGUCACCACCAGCCUUGGACAGGAUUUGAAAAGCUACCAUAAUCAGACCAUUAGCUUCAGAGAGGAUUUCUAUUAUAAUGACACUGCUGGAUACUUCAUUAUUGGAGGGAGCAGGUAUGUGGCCGGCAUUGAAGGGUUUUUUGGACCCCUGAAGUACUAUCGUCUCCACACUCUGCACCCUGCACAGAUCGUUAAUCCCCUCCUUGAGAAGCCACUUGCUGAACAGCUCAAAUUAUAUUAUGAAAGGUGUGCUGAGGUCCAAGAAAUAGUGUCUGUGUACGCAUCCACGGUACAGCAAGGAGGCAAGCAACAAGAAGCAUGUGACUUCCAGAACUCCUACCUGGACAUGAAGCUCAGGUACGGGAGACCCUCCACGUGCAGAGCCUUCCCCUGGGAGAAGGAGCUGAAAGACCGGCACCCCAGCUUAUUCCAGGCCUUGCUGGAGAUGGGCCUGUGGACAGUGCCAAGGAACCAGAAUGAAUCUGUAUUAGAAAUCGGCGGGAGGAUAUUUGAGAAGGCUGUAAAGAGACUCUCCAGUGUUGAUGGUCUUCACCAAAUUAGCUCUGUAGUCCCCUUUCUGAUGGAUUCUAGCUGCUGUGGAUACCAUAAAGCAUCCUACUACCUCGCAGUCUUUUAUGAAACUGGAUUAAAUGUGCCUCGGGAUCAGCUGCAGGGCAUGUUGUACAGUUUGGUAGGAGGCCAGGGUAGUGAGAGGCUGUCUUCAAUGAAUCUUGGAUACAAACACUACCAGGGUAUUGACAACUACCCCCUGGACUGGGAGCUGUCCUAUGCCUACUACAGCAACAUUGCCACGAAGACACCCCUUGACCAGCAUACACUACAGGGAGAUCAGGCAUAUGUUGAGACAAUUAGAUUGAAGGAUGAUGAAACACUCAAGGUACAGACCAAAGAGGAUGGAGAUGUCUUUAUGUGGUUGAAGCAUGAAGCCACCCGAGGCAAUGCGGCAGCUCAGCAACGAUUGGCCCAGAUGCUGUUCUGGGGCCAGCAAGGCGUGGCCAAGAAUCCUGAGGCAGCGAUCGAGUGGUACGCCAAAGGCGCCCUGGAGACUGAGGACCCUGCAUUAAUAUACGACUAUGCCAUUGUGUUGUUCAAGGGUCAAGGAGUGAAAAAGAACAGACGGCUUGCUUUGGAGCUGAUGAAGAAAGCGGCUUCCAAGGGAUUACAUCAGGCAGUCAAUGGCUUGGGAUGGUAUUACCACAAAUUCAAGAAAAAUUAUGCCAAAGCAGCAAAGUACUGGUUAAAAGCUGAAGAAAUGGGGAAUCCAGAUGCAUCGUACAAUCUUGGAGUCCUGUAUUUGGAUGGCAUUUUCCCAGGAAUUCCUGAAAGGAAUCAAACUUUAGCCGGUGAAUAUUUCCAUAAGGCUGCACAGGGUGGACACAUCGAAGGAACCUUGUGGUGUUCUCUUUAUUAUAUCACAGGAAACCUGAAGACGUUCCCUAGAGAUCCCGAGAAGGCUGUCGUAUGGGCAAAGCACGUAGCUGAGAAAAAUGGCUACUUGGGUCACGUCAUUCGCAAAGGCCUCAAUGCCUACCUGGAGGGCUCAUGGCACGAAGCUUUGCUGUAUUAUGUUUUAGCAGCAGAAACUGGAAUUGAAGUGUCACAGACAAAUUUAGCACACAUCUGUGAGGAGAGGCCAGACCUGGCCGAGAGAUACUUGGGUGUUAAUUGUGUUUGGAGAUACUAUAAUUUCUCUGUUUUUCAAAUCGGUGCUCCUUCAUUUGCAUAUUUGAAAAUGGGAGACCUUUACUACUAUGGCCACCAAAACCAGUCCCAAGACCUUGAGUUGUCCGUGCAGAUGUACGCUCAGGCAGCCCUGGAUGGAGACUCACAGGGUUUCUUUAACCUGGCUCUGCUCAUUGAGGAAGGUGCUAUAAUCCCACACCAUAUUUUGGAUUUCUUGGAAAUUGACCCAACUAUCCAUUCUAAUAACAUCUCUAUCCUCCAGGAACUGUACGAAAGGUGCUGGAACCAGAGCAGCGAGGAGUCCUUCAGCCCCUGUUCCCUGGCCUGGCUUUAUCUUCAUCUGCGGCUCAUCUGGGGCGCCGUCCUGCGCUCUGCCCUGAUCUACUUUCUGGGGACCUUCCUACUGUCUGUACUGAUCGCCUGGACCAUGCAGUAUUUCCAGUCUGUUUCAGCCAGCAGUUCCCAUCAGACACCAGCCCGGGCCUCUGCAGACCCCACACCUCUCUCCACAAGCCCAGCUGUGACUCCAGCUACAGAUGCCUCUGUUCAGGACCAGCCCACCGUCCAUAAUAACGCAGAGCCUCGAGAGUGAACUGUGCACUCCAGGUCUCUCCCGAUGAGAGAGAACCCCGACAGCAGCUGGUAUUGGAAAGUUGGGGCUAGGGCAUUAUACUGAGAAACACAUUACAUGUCUUGUCAACUGGAUGCGAAUUUUGCACUUGAUGUCUUUUUUUUUUUUUUUUUUUCCAUCAAAUCUGAUUACAGGGAAGUACCCAGUACAGGCAGUGGGUAAACUGAAGGUUAUCAGACCAAUAUUAGGAACAUCGUGAUCACAGGGGUGUGUUGGCGAGGUUGACUGGGUCACUGCAAAGUCCCUCCCUAGUGACUGUGUGUAUGGGGGGGCGGGUUAUGGUUUGCCCUGUGGCGUGUCUGAAUCCUUAUACACUGAGAUGUGUUUUAAGAAUCUUAGCCACUUAUUUGUCCCCUUUCAUUAAAGAACCGAAAAUUGUGACCUCUCUAUCAGUUUGAGAAUCUUUCGGGAUGUGUGUUGGCCACAGCACUGCUCCUCCAAGUCCAAAAGGCAGAUUUCAAUUUGACUUCCAAGACCCAGCAGUUCUAAGACACCUUGAAAGAAAUCGGUUGUGGCUGGAAAUGCAGGGAAGGCAGCAGCUUUGGAAAUGGGUUUACAUUUUUCUCCUUGACUUUUUCUAGGAUCGUGCUUCUGAAUCAUUUAAUGACAUGGUUGGGUAUCAUUUCCUUUUCAAUUGACUCCAUAAAAUACCACUUAGAAAAUUCUUAGUAUUUACCUGUAGUCUUCUCCAUGAAUUACCCAUUAGAAUAGAAUGGUGGCAGUGGAAUAUGCAGGAAAUAAGCCCUUAGCUCAUAGUUCCAUCCCUACCCUUAUGCCUGCCUAUUUUCUGUGUAAGGGGGUUGUGUGUGCAUGUGUGAGAGAGAGAGAGAGAGAGAAGAAGAAGAGGAAGAGCAGACUGUCCAUACACUGUAUGCUGCUAAGGUAGUAAAUAAAUCAGUAAUGCAAUAUUGUGGGUCCAAACUACUCUUUGCACUACUUUAUUUACAGUAGCAAAUAAAAAUUAUUUUUAUACUGUUGA